CAAACGGGAAGUGAGCUCGUUGUUCUCCCAGACUGCGCUGCGGUGGGCUCGCGGACCAAAACAACUCUCCCGCUCCUCUUCCUCCUCCUCCUCGUCCUCCUCUUCCUCCUCUUCCUCCUCGCGGACCAUGGACGGGAAUCAGUGUUCACUUCGUCCUUCAGCUGCUCUGCGAACAUGAACAACUCCAACCUGUCCACAGUGGAUGGCACUGAUAGGCUGUGUGUUUCUGAGCGCGCUCAGUGCGUCCCGUCUCAGGUCCUUCACCUGCGUCAGCUUCCUGCGGACGUCUCUGAACAGGAAGUACUCGCUCUGGCGCUUCCUUUCGGCCGAGUUAGUAAACUGAUAACGCUGAAGGCCAAAAACCAGGGUUUUUUAGAAAUGGCGUCGGAGGAAGCGGCCGUUACCAUGGUGAACUACUACACCUCGGCCCCGCCCACCAUCAGGAACCAGCCAAUCUUCAUUCAGUACUCCACCCAUCGCGAGCUCAAGACCGACAACCUGACCAAUCAGCGGAUGGCUCUGCACGCCAUCAAUGCAGCAGCAGUGCAUUCUGGGAACAUGGCGUCAGGAGGAGAGGGGCGGGGUUUAGCUCCCAGUCAGAGUCCCGUCCUGAGAAUCAUUGUGGAGAAUUUAUUUUACCCGGUGACUCUGGAGGUCCUGCAGCAGAUCUUCAGUAAGUUCGGCUCCGUGUUGAAGAUCAUCACGUUCACCAGAAACAAUCAGUUUCAGGCUCUGCUGCAGUUCAGUGACACCGUGCACGCUCAUCACGCCAAGGCUUCUCUGGACGGUCAGAACAUCUACAAUGGCUGCUGCACGUUGAGGAUCGACUUCUCCAAACUGAGCGCGCUCAAUGUCAAGUACAACAACGACAAGAGCCGAGACUUUACCAGAGCCGACCUCCCGACGGGAGAGCUGGACCCCGCCGCCGCCUUCGGUGUGGCUCUCCCUCCGUACGGAGCAGCAGCUUUCCCUCCAACCUUCCACCAACACACAGGUCUGUCGAUGGCGGCCGUCCCCGGCUCAUUGGUGUCUCCUCCUCGCGUCUCCCUGCAGGUGGCGCCUCCUGCUGUCCACUCGGUGCUGCUGGUGUCCAACCUGAACCCAGAGAGCGUCACACCUCACUGCCUCUUCAUCCUGUUCGGUGUUUACGGGGACGUUCAGAGAGUGAAGAUCCUCUUCAAUAAGAAGGAAAACGCUCUGGUUCAGAUGAGCGACGCCACUCAGGCUCAACUCGCGAUGAGCCACCUGAACGGUCAGCGUCUCCAUGGUAACGUGAUCCGGGUGAUGCUGUCCAAGCACCCGGUGGUGCAGCUUCCUCGUGGGGGGGCGGGGCAGGAAGAACAGGCGCUGACUCGGGACUUCUCAGGCUCCGCCCUCCACCGCUUCAAAAAGCCUGGAUCCAAAAACUUUAACAACAUCUUCCCUCCGUCGGCGACGCUGCACCUCUCCAACAUCCCCUCCUCCGUCAGCGAGGACGAGCUGAAGGAUUUAUUCUCCUCCGCUGGAUUCACAGUGAAAGCCUUCAAGUUCUUCCAGAAGGACAGGAAGAUGGCGCUGAUGCAGCUGGCGUCAGUGGAGGAAGCCAUCGAGGCUCUGAUCGCUCUGCACGACCACCAGCUGGAUCACAACCAGCACCUCCGAGUCUCCUUCUCCAAGUCCACCAUCUGACCUCUGCGUCUCCAAGUCUACCAUCUGACCUCUGCGUCUCCAAGUCCACCAUCUGACCUCUGCGUCUCCCUCUCCACCAUCUUUGACCCUCUGCUGGAGCUUUUUGUUUCCAUCUGACCCUCUUUAUCUGACCUCUGACCUCUGGAGCUGACUAUCCAGCCAGACUUCGGGGCCUCUGAUUGGCCCGUAGUGGGAAAAAACGGACCAAUGGGAGAGCCCCGACACAGCCAAGCUUUCUGUGCCUACAAACACUCUGACAUCACAGUGACAGGGGGCGUUGCCAUGGUUAAAGAGGUUACAGAGCACAUUCCUGAGCGCCCAGUAGCAAUGCAUUGUGGGCAGUGGAGUCCAACGAGGAGCUGAUGUGAGUUGAACUGUUUUUGUCUCAAUAUUUAAAUUAAUGUGACACAGAAAAAAAUGUUUUUAAAGUAAAAAUAAUUCCUGUUUUUUCCCAAAUGAUUGAAAGAUUCCAUAUUUUAUUGUCUUUUAUUUUGGAAGUUUCUCAGCAUGGAUAAAAAGAAUUGGUCUUGGAAACAUCUGGUUAUUUAUUUUUGAUUAUUUUUCACUGUAACUUUCUGCAAAAAGCAAAAUGAAAUCAUUUCCUCCUGUUUUCCAAAAGUUUUUACAUUUAUUUGCCUUUUUCAUUGUGUAAAUUAUAAAUUAUAAAUAAUAAAUAAUAAACUGCCUUUUCAUAAAGGUCUGAAAACAAAAAUCUGUAAAAUUUAACAGAAAUUUUUGAAAUUUUGCUGGGUUUUUUUUCAGGAACUUUGACUAAUUUACUCUGAUUUUCAUAAAGUUUUUGAAUCUUCAGCAACGUGUCUUUCCCACCGGCACCUCAUGCUACGGUCUGAUUGGCUGAAAUUAUUAUUAUUAUUAUUAUUAUUGUUAUUAUUGUUAUUAUUGUUAUUAUUGUAGAAUUUUAGGUGGCUGUGAUCUCAACCUUCUUCUGUGCCUUAUUUUUCUGAAUUAUUCUGCUGGUUUUUGUUUUUUUACGUGGUGUCUGGGUGGCGUUUCGGUGGCGGGUUGCGUCAAACUGACUGGAAUUUUUUGUAGACUUUUUUCACUUAGUUAAAAAUAAUUUUUGUUACACGUCGUAUUGUUGGUAUAUAUAUUUUGGGAAGGUUUUUUAAAUCUUGAAUGUAUUUAUACUGUAGAAGAUGAAACAGGUAACGCUUUCGACGUCCCGCCCACCUGUCGUACCUGCGUGUGUGUAUUUAUACGUGUGUGUGAGCUGAGCUGAGAUUGGUUGAAAUGUCCCACCUUCUUUUUUUUCUAUUAAAAUUAAUUCAAAGCAGCUUUUGUUUUUACAUUAUUUUUGCUCCACCGUUAAACAAACACUGAAGUUGAUUUUAUUUUAUUUGUUUGGACUUUUUUUGUUGGAAUAAUUUUCAGGAAACAAGCCACAAAAAACCCAACAGGAAGCUGCUGAUUCCCAGUUUGCCUUCUGACCUCCGACCUCCCGACCAGUUGAUUGGGUUCAAUGUUUGAACGGGAGGCAGCGGCUGAGCGUUGCUCACUGUGACCCUUCAGGGGCUCCGUACAAAACAUUACAUUUUUAUAUUCAGAUUUUUAAUUUGAAAACAAAUUUUUAAAUAAGAUUUCGAGAUUGUGAAGCCUUGAGAAGAAACGGGGGGCGGGGUCAAACCAAAGUUUGCGUGCCUUUUAAUUGGCCAACUCAUUCUUCCAUUGUGACAUCACUUCCUGUUUAAAUGGCCAGUGUUGUAAUGAAACAUAAUUUAAGGUAUAAUUCUGUAUUUUAUGUUUUCAUGUCUUCAACCAACAAGUGAAAAUAUUUUAAAUGUUUUUUGUUCCUUUUCGUGACAUCACUUCCUGUUUCAGGCCUACAGCGACAACUUCUCAAAUAGCCCCGCCCCCAUCCACAGGUAGCCCCGCCCAUCACACCACACUUCCUGUGAUGAUGUCAUCAAUCAGAACCAGAGCGAGUAUUGAGUGGGCGGGGCUAAUCUCAAAUCAUUAAUUUAAGCCAGAAACUGAUCUGGGUCAAUCAGAAAUUGCUAUAUUUAUCAAUGUUAUUGAUCACAAACUAUUUGUAAUUUCUUAAUAAAAGUCCGUUUAUCUACAGCUACUCGUUAUGUUACGGUUGUUUACUGAUUUGUAUUAUUAUUUGUGUGUUACAUACGUGUACACUAUAAAACCAGAUCAAUAAUUUAACUCAUAAAAUAGUUAAAAACCUUCCUGAUUAAGCAGCUUUAGUGAUUUUAGGGACUGUUUUUGUAGUUGUUUCCACUCAGUGUAAUUACUUUAUAACAAACACUACAUGCUCCGAUAUAACACAACGUACGAAUGUUUGUUAGCUUGUUGUACUUUAUUACGAGUAUACGACGUCACAAUGUUUGUAAUAAUUAUGGAUUAAUGUGACAUGAAGAUAUGAAAACAUAAAACAUCCCUUAACUAUCUGUAUUUUAACUUAUUGAAACUCAAUAAGUUAAAAUAUGUCAACAGUUCGCAGCUCGCUGGACUUCCAACCCCAAAUUUACUUUGAAGGUCGUUUUUCAACCCGAAUGUAUCUUUUGUUUCUUUAUGCUAAUGAAUGUAAAGUACUCGUGGUGCAUUGUGGGACAUUAUUAUUGUUGUUAUUAUAUGAAAUAUUUUUAAUAUCGAACCAUUGCAUGGGGGGGGGGGGUCUUUUAUCUGUGCUUGAUUCAGAAACAAAAUGUCUGUUGAAUUUUGAUUUAUUCUGAAAGUUUGACAGGAAGUUGUAGCAUGAAAUCACUGAAUAAAUAAAUCAUCUGACAACCAA